AUGGCAAGCAGAACGGUUGGCGAUAAAGCUAAAUGGCGAAGAAGAAAAUCAACAAAAAAUAACGAUGAUGACAACGACUGUGCGAGCCUAGCGUGGCUGUUAAAUUUUAGACUGGAUGAAAUCGUCAAUGUUAAGGUACCAGAUGAAGAGGUUAAGGUUAAUGACAGUCCCCCGGCGGCCAAGAAACCACCGUAUACAUAUCCGGAGUUGAUUGAACGUGCUUUGAGAGAAAAAGGCGAGCUUACAGUCUCCGCAAUUUAUCAAUGGAUUUCAGAUCGUUUUCCAUUCUACAAAGCGAAUGACGAGCGGUGGAAGAAUUCUGUGAGGCACAACCUCUCUAUCAACCCUCACUUUCGUAAAGGUGCAAGGGCAUCUCAGGGUGCUGGUCAUCUUUGGUCACUGGCUGCUAAUGCCAUAGACCUGCUGCCGUUCAGAAAAGAGCAAGAGACUGAAGUGAUCCAUGAGACGCAUGUGAUUGAAUGUCCUAAGGUAAUAGUAUUAGACGAGGCUGCAAUCGCUGCGGCCAGCAUAAUUCCGGAUCAAGACAUAUUCAGUGGAAGUACAAUGUUCCUAAACCCAGUGUCUGCGGAGCAAGUAGUUCGAGAGUGUGGACUGAUCACCAGCCUGUAA